GGAAGUGCUGGCUGUUGAGUGAUGAGAAACUUUUGCUGGUACAGAAGCACUAUGAGAACAGUUUCUUCUCCUGCUUGGGCAGUUUGCCUGCAUUGGUAACGACUGCCCUUCCCUUGACCAGUGGGGAAGUCGUAUGGGACACUGGAAGACACGAAUCAUCUCGGAAGUGGUUGACUUUGGCAGGAUGUGUCGACAAUGAUGAUGGCAAGGAAGCAAGAUGUCCGCAUUCCCACCUACAAUAUCAGUGUGGUGGGAUUGUCGGGGACAGAGAAGGAGAAGGGACAGUGCGGCAUUGGGAAGUCUUGCCUGUGCAAUCGUUUUGUUCGCCCCAGUGCUGAUGAAUUUCACUUGGACCAUACCUCUGUCCUCAGCACCAGUGACUUUGGUGGGAGAGUUGUCAACAAUGACCACUUCUUGUACUGGGGAGAAGUGGGGCGCUCCCUGGAGGACUGUGUGGAAUGUAAGAUUCACAUUGUGGAGCAGACUGAAUUUAUUGAUGACCAGACUUUCCAGCCUCACCGGAGCACCGCCCUGCAGCCUUACAUCAAGAGAGCUGCAGCUACCAAGCUUGCGUCAGCGGAGAAGCUCAUGUAUUUUUGCACUGACCAGCUGGGGCUGGAACAGGACUUUGAACAGAAACAAAUGCCAGAAGGAAAGCUACUGAUUGAUGGCUUUCUUCUCUGCAUCGAUGUGAGCAGGGGCAUGAACAGGAACUUUGAUGAUCAGCUCAAGUUUGUUUCAAACCUUUACAAUCAACUCGCCAAGACAAAAAAGCCUAUAGUGGUGGUUCUGACAAAGUGUGACGAGGGAGUGGAGCGGUACAUUCGAGAUGCACAUACUUUUGCCUUAAGCAAAAAGAAUCUCCAGGUUGUGGAGACUUCAGCUCGAUCUAAUGUGAAUGUGGACCUGGCUUUUAGCACUUUAGUGCAGCUCAUUGAUAAAAGUCGGGGGAAGAUGAAAAUCAUCCCUUACUUUGAGGCUCUAAAGCAGCAGAGCCAACAGAUAGCAACUGCAAAAGACAAGUACGAGUGGCUGGUGAGCCGCAUCGUCAAGAGCCACAAUGAGAAUUGGCCGGGCGUCAGCCGGAAGAUGCAGUCUUCCCCCGAGUACCAGGACUACGUCUACCUCGAGGGCACGCAGAAAGCCAAGAAGCUCUUCCUGCAGCAUACCCACCGCCUCAAGCAUGAGCACAUCGAACGGCGCAGGAAGCUGUACCUCGCAGCUCUCCCGCUGGCUUUUGAAGCUCUCAUCCCCAACCUUGACGAGAUUGACCACUUGAGCUGUAUCAAAGCAGAAAAACUAUUGGAAACCAAGCCAGAAUUCCUAAAGUGGUUUGUUGUGCUUGAAGAAACACCUUGGGAUACCACCAGCCACAUUGAUAAUAUGGAAAAUGAACGGAUACCUUUUGAUCUAAUGGAGACUCUACCUGCUGAGCAGCUGUAUGAGGCCCAUUUAGAGAAGCUGAGGAAUGAGAGGAAAAGAGCUGAGAUGCGAAGGGCUUUCAAAGAAAACCUAGAGACGUCUCCUUUCAUAACUCCUGGGAAGCCUUGGGAAGAGGCUCGUAGUUUUAUCAUGAAUGAAGACUUUUACCUGUGGCUGGAAGAAUCUGUAUAUAUGGAUAUCUACAGCAAACACCAAAAACAGAUUAUAGACAAAGCUAAGGAAGAAUUUCAGGAACUACUCCUAGAAUAUUCUGAGUUGUUCUAUGAACUAGAACUUGAUGCUAAACCUAGUAAGGAAAAGAUGGGUGUCAUUCAGGAUGUAUUGGGGGAAGAGCAGAGAUUUAAAGCAUUGCAAAAGCUACAGGCAGAACGGGAUGCUCUCAUUUUAAAGCACAUUCAUUUUGUGUACCACCCAACCAAGGAGACUUGUCCCAGCUGCCCCAUGUGUGUAGACUCCAAAAUUGAACACUUGGUUAGUUCUCGGUUCAUCAGACCUGAUCGCAAUCAAAAAAACUCACUUUCUGACCCCAACAUAGAUCGGAUCAACCUGGUUAUUCUUGGCAAGGAUGGUCUUGCUAGAGAAUUGGCGAAUGAAAUCCGAGCUCUUUGUACAAAUGAUGACAAGUAUGUGAUAGAUGGCAAAAUGUAUGAACUUUCUCUGAGGCCGAUAGAAGGUAAUGUCCGACUUCCUGUAAAUUCUUUCCAGACGCCAACCUUUCAGCCCCAUGGUUGUCUCUGCCUUUACAAUUCAAAGGAGUCUCUCUCUUAUGUUGUAGAAAGUAUUGAAAAAAGUAGAGAGUCAACGCUUGGCCGCAGGGACAAUCAUUUGGUUCAUCUUCCCCUGACACUAAUCUUAGUGAACAAGCGAGGAGACACUAGUGGUGAAACGCUGCAUAGCUUAAUCCAGCAAGGCCAGCAGAUUGCCAGCAAGCUGCAGUGUGUCUUUCUGGAUCCAGCUUCUGCUGGCAUUGGUUAUGGGCGCAACAUCAAUGAGAAACAAAUUAGUCAAGUUUUAAAAGGACUUUUGGACUCCAAGCGUAACUUAAAUCUUGUCAGUUCAACUGCUAGCAUCAAAGAUCUGGCUGACAUUGAUCUGCGGAUUGUAAUGUGUCUGAUGUGUGGAGAUCCAUUUAAUACAGAUGACAUUCUUUUUCCCGUUCUCCAGUCCCAAACAUGUAAGCCUUCUCAGGGCGGCAGCAACAACUCAGUUUUACUUGAAUUACCAAUACUAGGACCCCACAAAAAGCGCAUCGAAUUAUCGAUUCUUUCAUAUCAUUCCUCAUUUAGCAUUAGGAAAAGCCGAUUGGUUCAUGGGUACAUAGUUUUUUAUUCAGCCAAACGGAAGGCCUCCUUGGCUAUGUUACGUGCCUUUCUUUGUGAAGUGCAGGACAUCAUUCCCAUUCAGCUUGUAGCUCUCACUGACUGCACAACCGAUGUUCUGGACAAUGACUUAAGCCGGGAACAGUUGACUGAAGGAGAGGAGAUAGCUCAAGAAAUUGACGGAAGGUUCACAAACAUCCCUUGUAGCCAGCCUCAGCAUAAACUAGAGCUCUUUCAUCCAUUCUUCAAAGACGUGGUCGAGAAGAAGAACAUCAUUGAGGCUACCCAUAUGUAUGAUAACGUUGCCGAGGCCUGUAGUAACACCGAGGAGGUCUUUAACUCCCCCCGUGCCGGCUCCCCUCUCUGCAACUCUAACCUUCCUGACUCUGAAGAAGACAUCGAGCCCCCAUCCUAUGGCCUCUUCCGAGAAGACGCGUCCUUGCCUUCUUUGUCCAAAGAUCACUCUAAGCUUUCCGUGGAGCUGGAGGGGAAUGACGGUCUAUCUUUCUUCAUGAGCAUCGAGAGCAAGCUGAACAACAAAGUACCUCCCCCAGUGAAACCAAAGCCUCCUGUCCAUUUCGAAACAAAAGGGGAUUUGUCUUAUUUGGACCAAGGGCACAAGGAUGCCCAGAGGAAGUCAGUGUCUUCUAGCAGCUGGCUCCCUGCCGAUGGGUUUGACCCUUCAGAUUACGCAGAGCCGAUGGACGCCGUGGUCAAGCCACGGAACGAGGAGGAAAAUAUCUACUCUGUGCCACAUGAUAGCACCCAAGGCAAAAUCAUCACCAUCCGAAACAUCAACAAAGCCCAGUCCAAUGGGAGUGCCAAUGGCUCUGACAGUGAAAUGGACACCAGCUCUUUGGAGCGAGGGCGCAAAAUGUCUAUGGUGAGCAAACCUGUGUUGUACAGGACCCGGUGCACGCGCCUCGGGCGCUUUGCCAGCUACCGGACCAGCUUCAGUGUGGGGAGUGACGAUGAGCUAGGGCCCAUCCGGAAAAAAGAGGAGGACCAGGCCUCCCAGGGAUACAAAGGGGACAAUUCUGUGAUCCCUUAUGAAACAGAUGAAGACCCAAGGAGGCGAAACAUUCUGCGUAGUCUCCGAAGGAACACCAAGAAACCAAAGCCUAAACCCCGGCCAUCUAUCACAAAGACAACGUGGGAGAGCAACUAUUUUGGGGUGCCUUUAAACACCGUAGUAACUCCAGAGAAGCCUAUCCCCAUUUUUAUUGAGAGAUGCAUCGAGUACAUUGAAGCAACAGGGUUGAGCACUGAAGGCAUCUACAGAGUGAGCGGAAAUAAAUCUGAGAUGGAGAGCCUUCAGAGACAGUUUGAUCAAGACCACAACCUAGACCUGGCUGAAAAGGACUUCACCGUGAACACUGUGGCAGGUGCCAUGAAGAGCUUCUUUUCCGAGCUGCCGGACCCCCUGGUGCCCUACAGCAUGCAGAACGACCUGGUGGAGGCCCACAAAAUCAAUGACCGGGAACAGAAGUUACACGCUCUGAAGGAGGUACUAAAGAAAUUCCCCAAGGAGAACCACGAAGUCUUCAAAUACGUCAUCUCUCACCUGAACAAGGUCAGUCACAACAACAAGGUGAAUCUCAUGACAAGUGAAAACUUGUCCAUCUGCUUCUGGCCCACCUUGAUGAGACCGGACUUUAGCACCAUGGACGCCCUCACAGCCACACGGACCUAUCAGACAAUCAUUGAACUCUUCAUCCAGCAGUGCCCCUUCUUUUUCUACAAUCGGCCUAUUGGCGAGCCUGCCGGGGCCACACCCAGCUCCCCCUCCUCAGUUGCUCCCACCAUCCCCUUCCUCACAUCCACACCCAUCAUGAGCCAGCCAUCCCCUCCCCAGUCACCUCCUCCCACACCCCAGUCCCCACUGCAGCCGCCACUCCCACCCCAGCUUCAGGCGGAGCACACUCUGUGAAGAGCUGGCUGCCAGGGGACAGCAGAUCUGGGCUUCUCUCUGGGGUGAAGGAGAGUUGGGCAGCGGAGCAAAUCCAAGGCCCAGCCUCCAGGGAGGAUGGGGCGAUUUCUCUCCUCUCCCCGUCUUGCCGACCUCGGCUGGGAUGGCAGUGUGCUGGUCAGGAGCCAGUCGAGACACCUGUGCGGGAGGCUGGACUGACCUUUGUCACCAUGCUUGACACCCUUUCUUUGGCUCAGAGGGAACCCCCAACAGUGGACAGUUUUGAUCAGCUGUCUGCAGGCCAGUUCCUGGGGUGCUCAGCCUGACCACUUGUACAGAACUGUCUGGGCUUGUCCCUGGGCAAAGCCUGAGAC